AUGCCUGAACAGAGUGACGAAGCUGCCUGGUGGUUCCAAGCGGUGUACAGAGCAAUACAACAGAUUCCACACGGCCGGGUCACUUCGUACGGGCAUAUUGCGCGUCUGCUGGAUUAUCCGAAGCGAGCCAGGCAGGUCGGCGUGUGUUUGAAGCAUCUACCUACUUACGAUCCUGCACACCCGGAUGACUAUGUCCAUCAUAGUGCCAACGUGCCUUGGCAGCGAGUGGUCAACUCGAAAGGAGGUAUCUCUGCGCGAGGAGACGAAGGUCUGGCCGCUAAUCGCCAGGUUGAACGGCUACGCGGUGAAGGAGUCACGGUGCAGAAGGCCGUGGGAUAG